GCUCAGAGCAUCAAACCAGAGAAGGAGUGGAGCCUGAAGACCAUGAAGAUCUACAUCGGCAUCAGGAAAAAACUCAAGGCCCCCACCAGAUGGGGCUUCACAGUGAUCUCACACAAACACCAGCUGUUCCUGUGCUGCAGCGGGGAGGCGGAGCUGUGGGGCUGGAUCACCUGUUUCCUCAAAGCUCAGAACGAUGAAGCGCCCCCUGCCAUCCUGCGCAGACACUCGUCCUCUGACAUCUCCAAGCAGAAGUUCGGGACGAUGCCUCUGGUCCCCAUCAGAGGAGACGAGAGCAACAACAGCAUGCUCUCAGCCAAUCAGACGCUGAGAAAACUGCACGACAGAAGGACCCUGUCCAUGUACUUUGUAAGUCUGUUUUGAUGAUGAUGUUUUCUCUUAUGUUUUAUCUAUAUCUGUGGGAUCAAUAUCAGACAGAGAGUAUUUGUGUGGUGUGGCUCAGUGGUAAGGGUCGUUCACACCAAAGCGUCAAAGCGUCCAGUUUCUAUGUAAAGUCUAUGUGGAUAUGCGACUAGAGCGUCCUGCGUUUUUGCGGUGCGUCUUUGGCGUCAGCGCGACGCGAAUCUGGCGUCAACGCAGCGCGUCUUGAGCGUUUUUCGCAUCGACGCUCUAGACGCGCGUCCAAGGCGUCAGCGUCAGAAGUUGAAAAUGCUGAACUUUUUGCGUCAGACGCGCCGCGUCAACCAAUCAGGGACGAGUAUCCAGUGACGCAGCAACGUUAUUAUCAGGAAGAAAAACCCGAGAACCAGAGCGAGAACCACAAACAUGAGCGGAGCAUGAAUAUAUACACCACAAUCACCGAGACAAUCGCGAGGAUUACACCAGGACCGGACCAGGACUAAACCAGGACUAAACUGAGACUAGACCGGGACUAAACAAGGACUAGACCGGGAGUAGACCGAGACUAAACCGGGACUAGACCGGAACUAAACCAGGACUGAUCCAGUGUCAUUAGCGGAGUAUAAAUAUAUUCACUCUCCAGUCGUCGACCCGAUCUCCUCCGCUGAUGGUUUUACGUUAUAAAAACACUAAAGUCUCUCUCAGUCUGGUCUGACAUCGUUUCAGGAAAAGACCGGGACCGGGCUCUUGUUUCCAAGGCAACGGACGCGCGUCAAGUAUUUUUCUCCC